AUGGCCGCAUCCACGCAGAGCACGCUAGAGGGCAUCGAGCGCCGCCGUGCGCAGCUCCAGGACAGCGUGGAGAAGCUGCAGCGCGCGCUCACGCACUGGACCACGUGGGAAGCCGAGUACCACAUGUUCAAAGAGGAGAUAGAAAGCGCCCAUGACCCCUCGCCAUCACAGAUGCGCGCCACAGCCCAAGACCUCCAGGCUUCUCUGCUCAACGAGAAGGAGGUCGACGAGCUCCUGGGCAAAGACCGCUCUGCUAACCAAGUCGUUGACCUCGUGCAACGGCGCAUUGACUAUGUGCAGCAGAACAGCGCCACCAUUGAAAGGCAGCUCGACGCCGCUGAAAAGCAGCUCGCCGGCGUCGACGUGCUCCUCGACCCGGGCGUCGAUAACGAAGAGGGCCUGCCCAUGAUGGACAUCGAGGAAGAGCUGGACGAAGAGGGCAACGCCGUCUCGAGCUCCGUCAACCAGACCGGCAAGGGCGCGGCUGAGGUAGUGGAAGCUCUGCGCAAAGCUGGCGUGCAAAAGGCGGAUCUGGACAAGAUGAUGCAGGCUGUUGGGCAGGGGCAGAAGCAGACGCCUGUGGCAGACACUGUCCCAGUCCCAGUCCCAGCGUCCUCAGCACCAGCAGUGACGGAGGCACCACCCAUCGCUGAAGCCAAACUCGAUGCACCAGACACGACAAAGAAGUCGGUGUCUUUCGCAGAGGAAGUCGAGGUCGAACCGCCGAAAGCACGAGCUGCACUGGAAAAGGACGGCUACAACGAGGACCUCGAACCUCUCAACUUUACCCGAGGAACCAAGGUCAUCGAGCUCGAUCAGGACGACAACAUGGUCGCUUCAUACCCGGUCAUCCCACAAGGCGAGUCGCCCGAGGACGCUGAACUGCGGCGCCAAAUGCUGCAGUACGGCCUGUCUGAAGUCGGCCAAGUCGUUGCUGAGCUCGACCUCGACAAUCCUACCGCUGAGUACUCUGACUUCGACGACGAUUACGACGAAGAAGAGGACGAGGAUGACGAAGAAGAGGACGAGUACGGGCGCAGCACCAAGCCCGCGGUCACCGACGACUACCGGCAGCAGAUGCUGGAACUCGAGAAGAAGCUCAAUGCGCGCAUGCUUGAGAACGUCGGGCCCCGGUCCCAGGACGACAACACGGUAGAGCAGGCUGAGAGCGUUCGUUUGCUGAAGGUGCAAAAAGACGUCAAGUUCGACGACACCAUCAGUGCGGCCAUGCCCAAGACAGCGGCAUCGCAGUCUGGGAAGAAGGGCGUUCGCUUUGCCGACGACCUUGACGUGUCUGGGCCAGUUCAGGCGCCAGAGGCCAGUUCAGCUUCGUCGAAAUCGACAUCCACCAUGUCAGACGUGGUUGAGCGCCCUGCACAGCCGUUCCAAGCGCCCGCACCUCCCUCCAAGUCGGCGAGAGUUUCACGGUUCAAGAGCGCACGCGCUACAAAUCAACCACCGCAAAUGCUUCCCAAUCCACAAAUCUACGAGGCGCCGCCUAUGCCGACCGGCCCUGCUGGCCGCACGUUGGCCAACACGGUAGUCGAGCACGUCCCGUCGUCUUCCGAGCCCUCCGCGCCUGACGAGUUCGACCCAGCGGUGGUCAACCGUGAGAUCCAAGCCGAGUACCACAAAGCACGCAACAAGUUCAUCCAGCAGCAGGGCGGGUUCAAACCGACGGAAGAAGACGAGGCGAGUCCGAUCGUGGAAGAGCGCAACGGGAGGACUAAGAAAGUGAGUCGUUUCAUGGCGGCUAAGCUGCGGGCGGAGGGUAUGUAA